AAAUUUACAAGUAAUUCAGGUUCGGUUAUUGUUGAUAUUUUUGCUUUCAAUUUAUUGCGGGUAAUAGCCGUAAAAACCCAAAAAUUGCCAAUGUCAAGUUUCGCAGAGAUUGCUUGAAUCUUGACCUAAAUGUCGCCUUUUAAGUUUGACCGAAUAUAUUGAAUGCAGAUUAGCGAACAAAUGGGGAAAAAAUGUUAAACCCCUCCUUUUAAGUAUAUGUGAUGCAAAAAUUAUCUCUCCUUGGACGGUGUACCGAAAUCUGGGUAUAAAACGAGUCCAGUUUUUUAAGUGGUGUAUAGUUUGUUGAAUAGUUCAGUCUAGUUAAAAUUGAACAUGUCUAUUAAGGUAUUCCUAUUGGCUCUAGUGUUGGUGGCGGUUUACGCGGAAGAUGACAGGAAGAAAGGGUUUGGUUUGUUAGGGCACCAUCAUCAUGGUGGAUAUGGCGGAUAUGGGCAUGGCGGUUAUGGACACGGCGGUUAUGGCCACGGAGGUUUCGGGCACGGUGGUUAUGGAGGUCACGGACACGGGGGUUAUGGAGGUUACGGACACGGGGGUUAUGGUGGAUACGGUGGCUAUGGCCAAGGGGGAUAUGGUGGAUUUGGGCAUGGAGGAUAUGGUGGAUACGGACACGGAGGUUAUGGAGGUCAUGGAGGUUUCGGUCAAGGAUCAUAUGGUGGUUACGGACAUGGAGGUUACGGUGGUUAUAAGCCCCACGGUGGUUUCUAUGGAUAAAUUAAGAUGCAAAAUCAACCUUUGUUGUUACCUAGUCUCUAAUUGUUACAUACUUCCUCUUGACCAUUUAUUGUUAAUCAUAUCACCAUAAAUUAAAUUAUAUAUUUUCAUUCUUCAA